CAUCGUGUCGCAGUCGCUUAGACCGACUUUACUACCCAUCAAAAUAUAUUCUAUACCUUCGUUCGCCAUCUUCUAGCCGUAUCACAUUCACGUAAUUCUGUUACGUAAGGAGGAUUGGUAAGAAAAAAAAAAAUUUCCAAAAGAAAAAAUGUUCACCGCAAUUAAAUCGGUGGCUACUAAAGCCGACAAUAAAAAAUUAAUAUCGGUUGUGAACCAAUUCAAUCGUCAUUAUGCUGCAAAAACUGCAGCAAAAGCUGGAGCAGUCGCUCAAGGUAAAGUUGUUGCUGUAAUUGGUGCCGUUGUCGACGUUCAGUUCCCGGAAAAUUUGCCACCAAUUCUCAAUGCAUUGGAAGUGGCAAAUCGUUCACCACGAUUGGUAUUGGAAGUAGCCCAACAUUUGGGUGAAAAUACCGUUCGUACAAUUGCCAUGGACGGUACAGAAGGUUUGGUUCGUGGACAAAAAGUUAACGAUACUGGUGAUUCAAUCAGAAUCCCAGUCGGUGCUGAAACAUUGGGCCGUAUUAUCAAUGUCAUUGGUGAACCAAUCGAUGAACGUGGUCCAAUCGAAACAAAUUUAUCGGCCCCAAUUCAUGCCGAAGCUCCGGAAUUCGUUGACAUGAGUGUCGAACAAGAAAUUUUGGUAACUGGUAUUAAAGUUGUCGACUUAUUGGCCCCAUACGCCAAGGGUGGUAAAAUUGGUUUGUUCGGUGGUGCUGGUGUCGGCAAAACUGUAUUAAUUAUGGAGUUGAUUAAUAACGUUGCCAAGGCCCAUGGUGGUUACUCAGUAUUUGCUGGUGUCGGUGAACGUACACGUGAAGGAAACGAUUUGUACAAUGAAAUGAUUGAGGGUGGUGUCAUCUCACUUAAGGAUAAAACCUCAAAAGUCGCACUUGUGUACGGUCAAAUGAAUGAACCACCAGGCGCCCGUGCUCGUGUUGCAUUGACUGGUUUAACUGUUGCCGAAUAUUUCCGUGAUCAAGAAGGACAAGAUGUGUUGCUUUUCAUCGACAACAUUUUCCGUUUCACACAAGCCGGUUCAGAAGUGUCAGCUUUGUUGGGUCGUAUUCCAUCAGCUGUCGGUUAUCAACCAACAUUGGCCACUGACAUGGGUUCUAUGCAGGAACGUAUUACCACCACCAAAAAAGGUUCCAUCACUUCGGUACAAGCUAUCUAUGUGCCAGCUGACGAUUUGACCGAUCCUGCUCCAGCCACAACAUUCGCCCAUUUGGACGCCACCACUGUCUUGUCACGUGCUAUCGCUGAAUUAGGUAUCUACCCAGCUGUCGAUCCAUUGGAUUCAACCUCCCGUAUUAUGGACCCAAACAUCAUUGGUGCUGAGCACUACAACAUUGCUCGUGGUGUGCAAAAAAUCUUGCAAGAUUAUAAAUCACUUCAAGAUAUCAUUGCCAUCUUGGGUAUGGAUGAAUUGUCCGAAGAAGAUAAAUUGACUGUUGCUCGUGCCAGAAAGAUCCAACGUUUCUUGUCACAACCUUUCCAAGUUGCCGAAGUCUUCACUGGUCAUGCCGGUAAACUUGUCCCAUUGGAAGAAACUAUCAAAGGUUUCUCAAAGAUCUUGGCUGGUGACUAUGAUCAUCUCCCAGAAGUCGCAUUUUACAUGGUCGGUCCAAUCGAAGAAGUCGUCGAAAAAGCCGAACGUUUGUCGAAGGAAGCUGCCGAUGCCAACUAAAUAACCAACAUCAAUUUUAAAUAUUCAAAAAUCC